AUGUAUGGCGGCAAUAUAGCAUCCUCCUCCCCCCUACUCCAACAACCCACCACACCAGCAUAUCCCAUAGCAAUCCGCCCCGAGCAUAUCACCCCGGGCGAAACCAUCCUCACCAUCCGCAAUCGUCCUGAACCCUGGCACGCCCUCGACUACACAAUCUACCACCGGAACGGAGCCACCCUGUUCACAGUACACGGCGACCCAUGGAGCCUGGGACACCGCCGCGUCUUCCGCGACCGCUCGGGGCUCCCGCUUUUCGAGCUGCGCGGCCGAUGGUACAACUCGUCAAUGCUGGAGUUAAAGCUCCCAGGAGACACCGGGAACAGCGACGUCCUUCUCUCCGCCAAGUGUCGAGUCGCCAUCCAGGCUCCGAGAGUGGUCCUGCGCUUCCGGAACAUGGUGGAGACGGUUACGACUCCGACUCCGACCAUGACGGCGGCGGCGCGGGUAUCGCACCACCCGGCGUUGGCAGCGAAGGACAACGAGACUGUCAUGGAGAUCCGCGCGUUGGAUUUGGAUAAUGUGCUCCAGGUGGCUGUUGUGGAGGGCCGCCGCGUGGCGUAUAUCGAGCGGGUUACGGAUCUGGAUGAGUUGAUGGAGGGGCAGAAGCCGCCGUUUAGAUUCCGGCCGAAGUGGAGAGUGAGGGUUGCGCAGGGGGUGGAUCUGUCCUUGGUUGCUGUGAUGGGGGUGAUUUUGGGCCAUCAGGUUUCUGGGGUUGGGGCUAUGCAUGUAUACACUAAGGCUUGGUUAUGGAGGAGUACUUUCAUUGACCACUUCAUCUGUUAA